AGUCAGCUUCCGACUACUGAAUGAGAAAGAAAAUGGCUGCCAGGGCUGGUGGAGCUCUUGUCUUUGUUUAGGGAUUUUAACAAGAAAUAUUGUAGUAAUUAUUAAAAUGCCAAGUGCUUCAUUUACAUCAUCACGUUCCUGUGUAAGAAGAUCUCGAAGAAAGGGUGCUAAUAGAAUCCCACUCCCAUCACGAACAAGUUCAGCUGCAGAGCCAUGUGAGCCGCCAUGCCCGCCAAUUCCCAACCCGAAUGCAGUGGCAGCAUCGGCGGGCGCUUCGGCAGCCGGACCGGGUGGAGGGGGUGGCGUGGCAGCCGGAAGCACCCCUCCGCCACCACCAGCUGUGCCACCCCAGCCGCCCCCACCCUGUCAUCAUCCGCCCUAUGACCUUAGACGCAAGUCGCCGCCGCACCACGACCACUCGGCAUCCACAUCCAGUGGUGGUGGAUCGACAUCCACGGCACAUGCGCACUACCACCACUCGAUGCUGCCCGCUCGCAAGCGACCUCGCCGAACCUGUUCGAUGAGUUCGGCAACCUCGGCCGACGCCACACCGGCCGCUCACUACCUCCAGUACGAACUGCCCGACGAGGUGUUGCUAACCAUAUUCGGCUACUUGCUCGAGCAGGACUUGUGUCGGCUCAGUCAAGUGUGCAAGCGGUUUCAGGGCAUCGCUAACGAUAAUGAGCUCUGGAAGAACCUGUACCACUCGGUGUACGAGUACGACAUGCCGCUAUUCAACCGGGAGCCGUGUCGCUUUGAGUUUGUGGCGGCCGACGAGUGUGAGUACGCAAAUCCAUGGAAGGAGAGCUUCCGCCAUUUGUAUCGCGGCGUGCACGUGCGACCCGGCCAGUCGCAGACGACCGCGACCGGAUCCUCGCGACUGCGGCCGCACUUCGAUUCGAUUCAAAACGCGCUAGACUAUGUGGAUGAGAACAUUAUCACGGGCGGUGCGCUCGUCUUUCUGCAUCGCGGAACCUAUCGCGGCGAGUUUCUCGUCAUCGAUUCGGAUAUUGCGUUCAUCGGUGCGGCACCCGGCAACGUUGCCGAAUCGGUGAUUCUGGAGCGAGAGUUGGAGUCGACGCUGAUGUUUGUGGAGGGUGCCAAGCAGGCUUAUGCCGGCCACCUUACCUUGAAGUUCUCACCUGACGUCACAUCCACCGUCUCCCAUCACAAGCACUACUGCCUCGAGGUCGGAGAAAACUGCACACCCACCAUUGAUCACUGCAUCAUUCGCAGCUCAUCUGUUGUGGGUGCAGCGGUUUGUGUGAGCGGUGUGGGAGCGGCGCCAGUGAUAAAGCACUGCGACAUUAGUGACUGUGAGAAUGUGGGACUGUAUGUGACUGAUUAUGCUCAAGGCACCUACGAGGACAACGAGAUAUCGCGUAAUGCGCUGGCCGGCAUCUGGGUCAAGAACUACGCCAACCCAAUCAUGAGGCGCAAUCACAUUCACCACGGCAG